GGUCAAUUUUAGUUGGAAUUUAAAGGUCGUUAUGAUAGUGGCGUUUUUGCGUACAUCCCAGAUCUACCUCAAUAACUGUGAUUUCUAUCUCAUAAGUGUACUUAGUUUUAUAUUAUGUCGAUAAUUAGUGAACGUACUUACUGACGUCAUGCUUUAGGUAGGUUCCAAAGUUCUGAAAAAUGUCUUCCGUAAGUAUUCGGUUUAAUAAGGCUACCUACGUUACUGGAGAAAUGAUAGAGGGCCAAGCCGUAUGCCAGUUUAGAUCACCAAAACAAUUUAGAAAAAUUAAGCUUCGUUUUAAAUGUAAAGAGCAUACACAAUAUAGUAAGACUAAAGCUCGUUAUAAUAGCUUAAGUGGCAAAACUGAAUUUCGACCUGUCAAAUUUACUGGAGACAAUAUAAUUUUGUUUCAAGAAAUAAACUUACUGGAGCAGGGUGAACUUCCCAGUGGGGAACACGUGUUUCCAUUUAGUUUUUAUAUCCCACAUGGUUUUCCUAGCAGUUUUCAUAGAAAAAAUGGCGAUAUUACUUAUUCAUUCAAGCUUAUAGUUGAUCGAGCAUUUAAAUUUGAUAUAGAAGAUAAGAAAAUUGUGAAUGUAAUUUCUCUCAUUAGAUUUCAUGAUAUUUCACAAAUUUUAUUGAGUCCACUAACAUUAUCCGAUGAAAAUACUAUAUGUUGUUGGUGCUGCAGCGGAGGUUCUAUAGAAGUUCAAUUGGAGUUUGAUAACAGAGUAUUUACCCAAGGAAAAGCUAAAAGCAUUAGAGUAUCCUGUUCUAACAUGUCAAAUAAAAAUAUUGAAGAAAUCUCUUUAAAGAUAAAACAAAAAAUAAAAUUUAUAACAACAAGUCCAUCUCAGAACUCCAAAGAGAUAAGUGAUACAAUAUAUAAAACACAAACAUCUGGGGUAGGAGCACAUGGAGAUAAAACUUGCUUUCUUAUAGUAACCAUUCCUGAUAAUGUCGAUGUUCCUAAUUUCUCAGUAAGCAGGUUGUUUGAAGUUUAUUAUGAGUUAAAAUUAAAAGCCGUUGUCUCAGGUUGUCACAAAGACUUGGAAAUAGUAACAGAGGUGGGCAUCACCAAUGUUUUACAUCCAGCGGACGCGCCUCAAAGAACGUUUGAAAAUGAUGCAAUAAAUAAUGCGACAGAUUAUCCUCCAAUGCCCAUGCCUAUGGUCAAUGCACCUGUUAUAGGUAUGCCUAUGCCAGCGGAGGGAUACGGUUUACCUUCUUACUCUGACUCUGCCUAUCCACCAGAGCAGCCUGGACCUUUAGCACCCUGCAACCGAGAACCUAGUGCGCCCUCAGGUCCAGAAUAUGCCCAACUACUGAGUAAUGAAUUACCGCCUCCCAGCUAUAACCAAGCUGUCGGGAAUUAAAAUAUUUUAAUGUCAAAACUUGUUGGCCUUCUAAGAUGCCUCUGUUAUACAGAAUUUUGUAUCUUUAUAUUUAUAAAUGGUGAUACUAGCUUAGUUGUUUCGCACGGAUAUUUUUUAUAUAUUUUUAUAUAAGCGGUUUCGUCUAUCUUUUAAUAUAGAUGCUAAUUGUUUUCGCUUUUA